AUGCAGUGCAGCCAUUGCCAUUCUGCAGACUACUGCUCUGGUCGCUGCGAAAACAACGAUCUUCCUUCUCACCAAGUCCUUUGCGGAGAAAUUACGGACUUCAUCUCUUCCCACCCAAAGCCAUCCGCAAAAUGCGUUCUGGCGCUCUACUUCCCAAUUCUUCCACUUCAACAAAAGGGCUGUACACCAGAAUUCAUCUGGUUUGAUGGCAAGAACAAAGUUGCAAACGAUCAAGUUACUGGUGCCAUUUCCUAUGUCGAUUGCCUUGCUGAUGAUGACCACAAGAACCCCAACGGUAAGGGUUUCGAGAUCUUCGCAAACUAUGUCAAGAAGUUCGACUUCGAACACACCGUCAUCCUCUACAUGCGGCACGCCUUCCGAUUCGACGGCUCCCGUGUCAAUCUCAGCUUGGUAGAAACAACCAAAGGACAACUGAGCUCCCCUUGGGGAGGUCCUCUGGUUGUCUAUUGUAGGCGUGGGCUCAGUAUGGACUCCAAUAGGGUGGAUCGAGAAAUCACAUUAUCUGACUUCCGGACAUUUUUGGACUUCUGCAAAGUUUAUGGAGAGGGUUCCGGUAGCAUGCUGAAGGAGAACAUGCUCCUUGAAUUAGAGAUCACCAAUGCCAAACUCUUCUGGUCAGUUCUCAUUCAGAACUCUGGUGGAAUCGCAGCCAAAGGUGUGGAGAUCUCUUGUACAGGCGAUAUGACAAUCCUCGGUCGUCGCAAGUACAUUGGCGUUGAUGUUGCUGUCAACCAUCCCAUCUGGGAUACCUUCAACAUGCCAUCAGAUCCCACUGUGGUCUCAGGUAUGAUUGGGGUUCCUCUCCGCAUUCAAAGAAUCUAUCCCGAUGCUCGUUUCGCCGGAAAGGGGUUCGAUACGAUGGAGAACGAUGACGCAAGAUAUCUCGACAUCGAAACUGUUAAAACAUGGCGACACUGGGGUAUGCCGGACUCGGGUUAUACAGGUCAAAGCGGUACAGGGAAGAUUUUCGGCCGGGUCUUGGUAGUGAGAGAGGAUAUGAAGGAUAUUACACCACAGCAGAUUGAAGCCAUUGCAAGCUUUUUCCGACAAGAGGUCACACCCAAAAUGCGAAAGGCAGGGAAUGAACGUUUGUCAAAGCUGAGUGCGAAAUCGGCUCAAAUCGAAGGCAAAAAAACACUGACUGACUUGGUCUCGAGAGCCAAGUUUGAGGAAUUCUUUGACAAGUUUAAGGCAAAGAAGAUCAAAUCUGGAGACACUUCUUGGGAGCAAGCUACUGUGCCAGAAGCAAUUGAUGGUGGCUUCCACGAUGAUAGCUUGACUCGUGUGGCUCAGCAAGUUGGCGGAUUGUCAGUAAGCGGGCUGGAAACCUUAUGUGGUUGA